AUGCCAGAGUGGUCCGAAAAAGUUCUUUCGAGCGCGCCUCAGUGCCCGAUCGAGAUGGACCCGGCAGAAGUCAAUGUGCUAGUGCCUGCCAGUGACGAAGGCCACGAGUCCGCGAGGGAUCUCCACCAUGAGAUCAAGGAGUUCCGGACCAUGGUCAAGGAGAGCUUCGCAGAGCAGCGACAUCUUCUCACACAGCUCAUCCGCUUGCCUCCUCUGGGAACGACCGCAACCUCGAAAACACAGAGGUCUUGGGAUGUGGGAGCAGCCGUGGAGGCGCUCCACGAGCACGACACCUGGAGGCCGCCGAAGGAGGCGGAGGCCAAGUUGAAACCUGGUCUAGGCAAAUCUAAAUCUGCCGAUCAGAUCGAUCGCUAUUUGCACGACUAUGGCUUUGCAGACAUGUCCCGGUUGCGGAAGCUGGAAGAGCCGUCGCAAGCCCAAGAGCCAGACAGAAGCGAAACCGGCGAGACGAUUCGCGCCAAGCGCAUCAGCGAAACCUCUUUGCUGAGCCUCGAGUCAGCCCCAGACAAAGCUUCACCGGCGGGAUUGACGAGCCCCUCGAUGCAGGCGUCAGGAACGGAGAUCCUGGAGGCCUUGGCAUCGCCGAGGAGUUUCAGCAAGGACCCUCAACAUGACCAGGAGGGAACAGAGACCUUCGUGACUUCGCAAAUCCACCAGCAGCAGCGCAAGGCAGUGGAGGUGGCCAGAAGUCACAGCGAGAGACGAAUGAGUGUUCUCACCUCAUACAAUUCUGAUCGCAGCAACAGCAGGAGCUGGUCCCGCAGGGCUGAGCGGGUGACGUCGUCUACCUUCUUCACAUAUGGGAUCAUGUCGGUGAUCUUGCUCAACAUGAUCCUGCUGGGUGUCGAAGUCGAUUUCACAGCCCGGCUGCCGCAGAACGAAAUCCCACCAUGGUUCGUGUUGGCAAAUGGCGUCGUGGUCUUGAUCUUUGUCGUGGAGUUGUGCCUCCUCUUCUCGGCUAGUGGCGUCAACAAUUUCUUCUGCGGUCCCGAUAGGUCAUGGAAUAUCUUUGACUUCUCGAUCAUUGCCUGGUCAGUGCUGGAGACCUCCAUUGAGCUCUGGGCGCUCACCGUCGCCACCCCGGAGGCUCAGGUAAGCGCCAGCCACCUCCGCUUCGUUCGGACCAUGCGCCUGGUUCGCGCAUUCCGCGGAGUUCGAGUAGUGCGGCUGCUGCGGUAUGUCAGCGCCCUGCGGACGCUCGUGCUAUCCAUCAUCUCCAGCAUGGCUUCACUCUGCUGGACACUAGCGCUGCUGGUUCUGCUUUUCUACAGCUUCGGCAUCGUGUUCACGCAGCUGGUGAUGGACUACUGCCGUGACGAGGCUGUGCGGAGUACGGGCGACGUGAACGCACAGCCUGUGUGUCCAAACAAUGUGGCCUUCUACUGGGCCUCAGUGCCGGAAAGUAUGCUGACGCUCUUUACCGCGAUCACUGGCGGCAUGAACUGGGAAGAUGCUAUGGCGUCACUAAGGUUGAUCUCGCCACUGGCCGCGUCCUGCUUCGUGUUUUACAUUGCUAUCGCUGUGCUGGCGGUGGUGAACGUGGUGACGGGCGUGUUCUGCUCCACAGCCAUGGAGUCUGCAUCGGCGGAUAAGGAGAUCGCGACCAUGAAGCAGCUUCAGCGCAAAAAUGCUCAGGUCGCCGACCUCCGACGCGUCUUCCAGGAGAUCGUGGACGAAGAAAAUCUUGUCAACCUCCAAGAGUUCCAAAAUGCGAUGAAUCUUCCGCGCUUCGCGAACUUUUUGGAGUCUAUGGGAAUCUCCACAGAGGACAUCGCGAUUCUCUUCACGGUCAUUGACGCCGACAGGAGCGGCCUUAUCGAUCUGGACGAAUUUGUUCAGGGCUGCAUGCAGCUCCAUGGCCCGGCUAAGAGUCUACAACUCGCGAAGAUGAGCUUCGAGAACAAGAUCACGAGGCAGGCGAUCAAAGCCAUCGGCAGUGCGCUGGUCGAGAUGAGACUUGAGAUGAGACAAGAGAUGACCAGCCUGCAAGAGAGCGUCGAGCGCUUCUCCGUUUGA